AACGUGCCUGUGCGUGCGUUGGUACGUCACAGACGCGCCGUGCGUAACGGCGUCGGGUGGGUCCCAUGGUGCCUUGCGCGGGGCUGGCUCUCCGAGUCCUGCCCACAGUUGAGUUCGGCCCCGAGCUGAGCAGACGGGUCUGGCCUAGUCCUGCUGCCUCGACCCUCCCCUCGCGGUCGCGUCUGGCUCCGAGCGCCGCUCCCCCGCCGCGCGGGGAGCGAACAUGCGGCUGCGGCUCCCUGAGGAGGCUGCUGCCGGCGAGUGAGGAGCCGCUGCCCCGGCCCGGCCCGGCCCCGCCGCCUGCCCGCCCCGGCCGCAGCCGCCCCGCUUCGCCCAGGCAAUGACAGCGGCUCCGGCCCCCUCCCCGCAGCAGAUCAGGGACCGGCUGCUGCAGGCCAUCGACCCGCAGAGUAAUAUCCAUAACAUGGUGGCAGUGCUGGAAGUGAUCUCCAGCUUGGAGAAAUAUCCCAUAACCAAAGAGGCACUUGAGGAAACAAGAUUAGGGAAACUCAUCAAUGAUGUAAGAAAGAAGACAUCCAAUGAGGAACUUGCUAAACGUGCCAAGAAAUUGCUACGGAAUUGGCAAAAACUGAUAGAACCUGUAACCCAGAAUGAAUCCGUUCCAAGAGGAUUACCGAAUCCACCUGGAUCAGCAAAUGGUGGUGCACACAACUGUAAACCAGAAGUGCCACCUGCUGUAGUAACUGGAUCAAAGCCCAUCAAUGAAUUGAAAAGCAGGAAUGAUAUUCAAAAGCUAACCUCACCGAAAACAGAAAAACUGGGAAAUCGGAAAAGGAAAGGCGAACAUAGGGAUGGGCAUCAGGGCCCCCCUCCUUCUAAAGUUUCCAAAGGUAGUCAUGAAGUAUUACAAAACUCUUCUCCUCCACCAACUAAUGGGAUUGCGGGGAGCCCUGAAAGUUUCCCCAGUCCUGUAGAUGUAAACCUGCACACAGGGCCUGAAAGCAGCAGGACAGAACAUAGUGAAAAUGACAAACAUAGUAAGAUCCCAGUAAAUGCUGUAAAACCUCACACCAGUUCUCCAGGACUUGUAAAACCUUCAAGCACUUCCUCAUUAUUAAAGACUGCAGUGCUUCAGCAGCAUGAUAAAUUGGAAGAAACCACAGGACAGCACCAACCUAAGAGUCCCCGCUGUUCCUCGUUUAAUCCUGGGAAUAUUAGGCAUGACACAUUUGCUCGACAGCAUAUCACAUACUCACCAAAGGGUUCAAUACCUAGUCCAUCUCAAAGGUCCCAGUUCUUAGAUACUGCACCGGUGCCAUCACCACCACCCCCUUCCUUGAUGCAACCAUCAACACCUCCAAUGCCAGCAAAAAGACUGGAGGUUUCUCAGCAAUCAGGAACUGAGGCAUCUCAACAUUGGCAGGAGCAGGCAUCUUCUGAAAGCCAGCAGAGGCACACAGCAGGGACACUUCAGCACACAUCUCCUAGCUGCAAAACUAACUUGCAUCCUGGGGAAUCUCUGACGCCACACGUUGGCUUUUCACCGGACACUUCAAAAAUGGACAGUGAUGAUGCUGCUUCAGGUUCAGAUAGUAAGAAGAAGAAAAGGUACAGACCCAGAGACCAUACAGUCAAUUUGGAUGGGCAGGUCGUAGAAGGGGGUGUAAAACCUGUGAGAUUAAAAGAAAGAAAACUCACGUUUGAUCCCAUGACUGGACAGAUAAAACCUUUAACACAAAAAGAUUCUUUGCAGGCAGAAAUCCCUGCAGUUGCUGAACAGCACAGGACAGAAACAGACAAGCAGGAGCAAAAACCCAACCUGCAAAGUCCUUUUGAACAAACGAACUGGAAAGAGUUAUCCAGAAAUGAAAUAAUUCAAUCGUAUUUAAACAGACAAAGUAGCUUGCUGUCUUCAUCAGGAGUACAAACCCCAGGAGCUCACUACUUCAUGUCUGAAUAUUUAAAGCAGGAGGAAAGCACUAGAAGAGAAGCUAGAAAGACUCAUGUUCUAGCUCCUAACAGCAAACCCACAGACUUGCCUGGGGUCACAAGAGAGGUCACAAGCGAUGACCUCAACAGAAUACGUGAACAUCACUGGCCAGGCGUGAAUGGCUGUUAUGAUACACAGGGUAACUGGUAUAAUUGGACGCAGUGCAUAUCUUUAGAUCCACAUGGGGAUGAUGGUAGAUUGAACAUCCUGCCUUAUGUCUGCCUAGACUGAGUACAGUUUUGCUAAAAUGCUCUCACAUCAGCAGUUAGAAAAAAUGGCAGACACUAUGCCACUUAACAUGGAGAGAGCCUCCUGUCCUGAACAAACAGGGCCAACGAGCAGAGGGUAUGAAGGAGCUGGUUGUUUACAGCUCUUUCCUUUAAAUUCUCCUUUUGUGAAAUGCUGCUACCAGUUUACUAACAAAAUUGCAAAGGAAGGCAUUUGAAGGUUGAUAAUUUUGAGUUCAAAACUCUAUAGCAAGCCAGCUAAAAAAAAGUGUUAGUCCCCAAGAAGUGAAGAUGAUUUCCAGCACUUUGUGAAUGCCGGAAUCUUAUUACAGGCAGGUACAGAUAAAAUUGUAGAAAUUAUCUUAACAAAAUAUGCAUCUAUUUAUUUGACUUGAUUUGAGUUUUUGGCAGUGAGAUGUCCGAGACAAUGUGCAAAAAAUCUAGUUUUUAUUUGCAUCAGAUCUUUGAACAUGAUUGUGUUCUUUUCAAGUUAUGUGGUGCAAAGAUUGGGUUUUAAACAGCGGGUGUUGCACUGCAGGUUGGCGAUCUGGCUUCAGCUCAACAUUCCAUAGGCAUCCACAUACUUUAGUCUGGUUUCAGUUAAAAUCCAGUCUCUGAGAAAUGCUGCAAAAACUAGGUUUAAAAAAAAAAAAUUUCUUCCACCACCAGCCAAAUCAUUUUUCUCCUUUUUCCUUUCCUGCAAACUUCUAGAAAAAUUCACCUUUUCUAGAAUCCAAAAGGAAUGAGGGUGCUACAAGUUUGUAACUGUACUGUGAGGGGAAAAAGGAAGCCUGUUUAUAUGCUGGAAAUAUACUUGUUACCAUUCCUUUAGAUAUUGUUUGCCUUAUGGAUAUCCAUCAUAAACGCAAUUUGCAAAAACAAAGAGCCUUAGUGAAUGUACAGUAAUUAGACUUCUGUGUUCUUGGGAUGCAGAAGGGAGCAACUUUGCUAUUUGGUCCUUUAAGUGGACACAUUGUGAUAUAAAUGUGGAAAUAAAAAAAUUUGCACAAAAAAGUUUGUGAAUUAUUUAUAUUUAAACUGGUUACUUUCAAAGUUUGGUCAGUUCAGAAAAGCCAAGUUGAAGCUAAGUACAUAUUACCAGCAGUGUGAUUAAAACUGCAUCCUGUUAGUUUACUUUCUAAACCAGUUAAAGGUGAUUAGUCAUAUAAGAUGUACUGUCUAGCUUUUCGUAGUCUUCCAAGUGUGCUGGCAAUAUUUACUAAUAUAUACUGGAUAAUUUUAAUUAUGGUUAAAUCCAGGGAGAGUGUGCUUGGUUUGGAGAGAGUCCUCCAAGUUACUUUUACUAUACCUCACAAGUUGAGCUAAUUGUUCAGCUUUCUCUUCAGUCCACUUUUGUAUGUAGUAAUAAUAAUAAUUGUAGAAUGUCUUUCACCUCUGAUCACAGCCUGAUUCAGUAAUAUUUUUAUAUUCAAUAUAGGCAAAACACUUGCAGCUCCUGUUAAUAUAUUAGCAAUUGGAACAAUUUACUUUUACAGCAUCUGGUAUUGGGCUUCUGGCCUGCUGGUGCUUUAAAAAAAGAAUCGGGAUUACUGCCACUGCAGUAACAUUAGAUACAUCAACAAUCCAGCUUCCACUGAGGUCCUAGUAAAAGUCCCACUGAUUUUAGUGAGAGCAGGAUCAGGCUCUUAAUUUUCCAAACAAAAUCUACUUUCUAGAAUGGAUGUUAUUCACCAGGUCAGCAUUGGCUUGUUCCAUGGAGUACAAUGAGAAAAGCUUUUAAAAUCUAAUCUUUCCCAUUCAGACUGAAUGCUUCUGUGAUUUGCCUGGCUUGUGAAAUAUUGAAACCUGCUGUAUAUGUGUAUUUCAAAAUCUCUCCUCAGUGCCUAGUUGUUCCCUUUUCUCUAGGACUUCAGAAUUAGAAAGGCUUCUCAGCUGGAAAAACCAGCCACCAUAAAAAUGUUUCCAAGUAUAUUUUCAGUUGACUUCCAUUUUUUACCCUUCUGCAGUGAUAAAGACUACCCAAGCUGUUUGGAGCUGGGGAAGGUAGUAUCGCCUUGUGUCUUGGAAAGGGUGGAAUGGGUGGGGAAGAUACUUAUUUAUUUAUUUGGAAAACUUACACACUAAACACCCCCCCCCCCCCAUCCCAGGGAGUCUGUUUGCUUCCCCUUUCCCUGAAAGACCCUGGUCAUUAACCUGCCCAUCUUAGGGUCUCUGAAUUUAGGGUUACUCUCAGAAGGGAAUGGUUGGGCUCUGAUCCACCACAUAAUUUUUAGCCACUGUUUUAUUUCCAGUUUACUCCAUUUCUUCUGAAAUUCUGGCUGCACUACAGGGGUCUGAAGAGGAAUAUAAUACUCUAAAUUGUCACUGGCGUUUGCAAGCAACCUGCCACAGUGCCCAGAGGCUGACUAACCACUGUGAUGUUCUUAAUUUCAUCUAUUUUAUAGGGGAGGAGUCUAAAGUAUCAGACCCAGCUCUUGCCCACAGCCCUACAAACUGAUCAGACAUUCCACUGAUUACUGUGUGCUUUAAAUCUCUUGUGUGACUAGAUUUCACUGUUCUAAACUAGGUCAUCAACCAAGUUGGAAGUAAUCCAGGGUCAGAAAUAGGUUCAAAAACAUUUAUAUUUCAGCAUGUUCUAUUAGUGUAACCAGUGAUGUUCUAUCAGCUCCAGCAAAUGUUGAAGAUGUUUACAAGGUGGUCUUGUUAAUUUUGUAAACCAGUUCAAAUGAAGUUUACCUUGUACAUGUUUACCUUUGUGUACUUUCAUAUUUUUGCAUGGACUGUUUCUUGGCCAGUUGCUUGUACCCUAGGUGCUUUCCAAAAUGCACUGUCCUUGUCCUAACACUUACAAUCUAUCAAGUAUAGAACAGACAUCUCCUUCUACUGUGGCAUUGAAAGGCUCCCAUGUGUGAAUCUAGGUUCUGAUAUGGCCCCAUUUCAGUAUGGGUGCCUAUAUAUUGGGUGUGCUGAGAUGGUUUUAUAUAAAUUCCUUUAUUUUUCAAAGGAUGCUUAUAAGAAAUAAGCAGUACAAACAAUUGAUAUUUACCUAUCCGGGAACCAUUCAAUGUGUCUCACAUUCUAUAUUUUAGUUGGCCUUAGUUUACGAAGAACACUUUACGUGAUGCUGCUCAAACACUCAACAAUAAUUUCCCUUAAAUGGUUGUAGAUUUUUAACAAGCGUAAAGAAGCGUUUUAUCAGUAUUGGUGAUAGAGUAGAAACUCCCAUCCCUAGGAGGAAGACUGUAAACAGUGGCCAUAACAAGCUCUGUUGCUUCAUUGUAAAAGUUAUGUGAUGUGUUAGAGAGGAGGUUCCCAGCAGGCUAUUAAUAUUAUCCUUUUGUGUUCAAUACACUUAGGGGGAAAGCCAGACACAACACUUACUCUUGCUAGGCAAUGUUUUACUAAUGCUACUACCUCAAACUUUUCAGGAAUGUUAUCCCACCUGAGCAGGUGUGUUAAUCUUGCCCCUGACUACCAGUGUCAAUGCAAAUCUAACGUUUUAAAAAAAACUUUCUCCCUUCACUUACGAGGGGAGCCCCUCAUGAAAAUAAUUAUGCGUUGUACCAAAGCAAUUACAUCUAUAACCAUCCCUAUCUAUAAGUUUAAACACUACUGAAACACUUAUUAAAAUUAGUGACCAAGAGUGGCUAGCAUAGAGGACUGACUAUCUUCAUGCUGUUCUCGCUCCCUGGUCCAAAUCUGGUGUGCAUGGAUUUUGAGUGAACACCCAUGUGAUGCUAACUAUGAAAUUAGUUGGUCUUAUUCUAGCACACUUUUAAACAAGUGUCCCAAUUGGCAUCUUUACUGACAGUAUAGGUGGAAGGCAGAUUAUCUGAAUUAGUAAUAGUGUAAAUUACCUGUAUUGUCCUGCAGAUGACCCCUCCAAUUCAUGAAUGAAUUGUGUAAGUGAGGAAACUGCUUCCUGUGGUGUUUUGUGGAGUUCAUUUUCCAGGACUCUGGGUUGCAAUGUCUUUCUUUAGUACUAAAUUCAGUGCUCAUUUAAAUGUGGGGUAGGUGGAUGGAGAGUUAGCAAUUUCCCCC